AUGAGUCCGCUAGUAUGGUUUCUGGCUAACCGUGGAGAUGAAUGGAGAGUCUAUGGAUGUGUCCCCGGUCGGGCUCGUGUACGGAUCAUCGGCCUAUGGGAUGGUUGCAUUCUUCGUCAUGACUCGUCUUUGCAACUUCUUCUGAUCAUUGACUUGAUAUGUGACUGGCCAAGAGACAUUUUUACCGAGCAGGUGAUGUCCAGCCUGCGCCGACGGGCAGGACCGAAUUAUUCUAUGAUUGCUUCGACAAGCACUUUCGAUGAGGUGGUUCUCCUCGAGCCUGGCUUAGCCCGUAACCCAUCAAGGUCCAGAUCAAACACCCCCAGGCGAGGCAUGCCUGAAGAUGCUCAAGAAGAGGGUGCCAGGUCUGAGGUAGACAUCAAGAAUGAGGCUUCAAGGGCCCUCGAUGAGGCCCGUUGUCUCGAGUCUGGCUUAGCUCGUGACACGUCGAGGUCCAGAUCAAUCACUCCCAGGUUAGACUUACCUAAAGAUGCCCAAGGCGCGAGGGCCCGGUCUGAGGUAGAAAUCAAGAUUGGAGCCGAAAGUGGCCACAAGGCCAGCUCAGAGAUCGAAUCGGAAAGAGCAGUUGGACGAGAGUCUACGGUUACUACCAUGGACGGCACAGAUACACACGACCAGGUACAUCCAAGAAAGCGCUCAACUCCGACAGCAAUUCCUGAAGAACCUUAUGACAACAGUUUUGAGCCAAUACCAAGCAUCGAAACAGCAAAAACAACCGAGGUAGGCUCUACAAAUGCUGCUACCGUGGAGGGCACAGAUACCCGUACAGACACAAUGACUGGAGAAGCCUCUAUUCCGACCGUCUCUGCGGCACAUUCACCGAAGCCAUCUCAAGCAGCAAUGAACGAUAAUUGCGAUGACAGGGAUCUUUGGGCUCAAUAUGUCGUGCGAACAGGCAAGGAGGACGUAAAGCUUCUAUUUCGGCAUGUCUCUCUUCCUGAAGUUGCCUACGGGCUAAAUGACAUGCUGAGGGCUAUGGGGCCCGCAGACACCGGAGAGACUGCCUGA